UGGGACGCCUCACGUGCCGGUCCCGUUUGGGGGGAGGGGGAAGCGGCGGUUGGGGUUUGCGGCUUCGCAACGCCCUUCGCCUGGCAUGAGCGGCGUCGGGCGGUUUCUGCGCUUGCUAAAGCAGCGCUUUAUCGGGCGAGGGAGCGAGUACGUGGGCAUCGACCACUUUGGAAACAAGUAUUAUCGGAUCCCGCAGCACAAAACUUGGGCAGGUCAGAACAUUAAAGAGAGAAGAAUUGUGAAAGCUCUCAAUCUAAAAGAACACCAGUAUGAAUCUGGAGCCAUUCCAACAGAGUGGGAAGCAUGGAUGAAAAAAAGAAGAAACAAUCCACCUACACUUGAGGAAUGUAUCCAGAAUAUGAACUACAGAAAAGAAAUGAGAGCUAAAGUUGAAGAUUUGGGUGAAAAAACCAAACUCCUUCAGGACAAAGAGGGUCUUGAGGUAGGACCACUUCAAACACAGAUUACAGGACAUGCAUCUGCUUCCAGCUACGGAAAGCCUGAACGCUCAGAAGACCCUGUUAGUACAGCAAAUACAUUUCAGCCUGGAGCCUGGAUGCCUCCUGACCGUAAAAAAUAAAAGCCAAGCCUCUCUACCCCCCCACCCCCACCCCAUGCAAAGCAUCAGGAAAGAGGCACCAUUUGGUUAAUGAGCAACAUGAAUGAAGAUACUUUUUUAAAAUUCCAGGUUAUACUUAAAAGCUUAGCAGCAUUUUCAAAAUGCUUAGAUUCUGCUGUUUCUUGUGGAAAUGUUUAAUUGCUUUUUAUAAAAUGUCCCAUCUCUAAUUCUUUUGCCUCUUAAAUCAUUUGACAAUGUUUUCAGUGAAGUUAUGCUUCAAUAAAAUUUAAUGCUGCUGUAAUCAUUA